UAGCGCAAGCCAAUUGCACUCCGAUCGGCACAUUAAUAGCCCCUCGGGGUAAUUUACCGUGAGAACCAUCCUGAACUAGAACGGACAUCGUCUGAUGCGUGCUCUCCCCGCCGGAGAGCCAAGCACCGUAGUGAAGCUAUAAAUGCACCCCGGUCUUCAGCAUAUAGCAUGAUGCGCAGGAACAACUAGCGAAAAUGAACUGUGUGAAAGGCCUGGCUUGGGCCAGCUUGUUGCUGCAGGCUGCAGGGCUGGAUGCAGAUGCCAUUACUGCUCAGUACUUCGGCAAUGAUGCACCGUGGUAUCGCGACCGGAUCCCGCUUUUCGAGUCCAGUGUGUCUGAUAUCCAGGAUGUGUAUUAUUAUCGGUGGAAUAUCUUUCGUGCCCACCAGCGUGAUUUGGGUGCCGAUGGGUACAUCUCAACCGAGUUCCUGAAUGAUGUCAGCUGGCAGACUCAGCCCUCAGCUUUGCUGAUUGAUGCCGCCAAUUUCCAUCUGCGUGAAGGCCGUUGGUGCCGUGAUCGUCGCUUCAAGAGCGACUACGCAAGCUUCCUCUAUGGCCCGUACAGGAACCCAUACCAGUUCUCUGAGAGUAUGGCCGACGGAGUGUGGCAGGUGUAUCUGGUCGAUGGAGUAGCAGACGAUGCUACCGUCCACUUAGAUACCAUGCAGGAGGUCUUCAAGGGAUGGAAUACCACCACCAUGUCAACGGGAGGAUACGACACCUCUAAGGCCCUAUACUGGAUACAGCCACUCACCGAUGCGACUGAGUACACGAUUGCUAGCAUCGACGCAUCCGGCGGCGCGGAUGGUUUCACAGGAGGAAAUGCCUUCCGGCCCAGCAUCAAUAGUUACCAGUAUGCGAACGCGUUGGCGAUUGCCAACCUGGCGACGUUACUGGGCCAGGAGGAUGUGGCCAACGAGUAUCAGCAACAGGCCACCGACAUCAAGAAAACUGUACAGGACACAUUGUGGAAUAGCACCUACGAGCACUUCAUUGAUAGGUACAAAGUGGACAAUGAGUAUGUGACAUACUGGGACUUCAUUCGAGGCCGCGAGCUGGUGGGCUAUGUUCCCUGGGCACACGAUCUGCCAGACGACACGGAGGACUUCGCUCAAGCAUGGAAACAUCUCUUGGAUAGCGAAAAGUUCGCGGGCGCUCACGGUCUACGCACCAACGAACCAAGCUAUGAAUACUACAUGAAACAAUACCGCUAUGAAGGCGAUCAACGCGAGUGCCAGUGGAACGGACCUGCCUGGCCUUACCAGACCACUCAAGUCUUGUCGGCUCUUGCUAACUUGCUCGACCACUACAACACAUCUGCUGCUGUCAACCUUGUCACAAAGACCGAUUACACCAAUCUGCUCCAACAGUAUGCUCAAUUACAUUACAACCCCGGUCGAGGUGGUGUCCUAAACCUGGAAGAAGACUAUGAUGCCGAUACAGGCAGUCCGAUCGUGGGAUUAGCGCGCUCCCCGCACUACUUUCAUUCCGGCUAUGUUGACCUCGUCCUUUCCGGACUUGUUGGCAUCCGUCCUCGCGCUGACGAUGUGCUUGAGGUGAACCCGCUAGCAGACCCAGCCGUCGUGUCAUACUUCCGUGCCGAGCGCAUUCUCUACCAUGGCCACGAGAUCGCCGUCCAGUGGGACGCCAAUGGUGAUCACUAUGGCACCUCCGGGCUAGUGGUCGAGGUCGACGGCAAAGUUGUCUCCACAGCACCAAGCUUGACCCGUAUUACUACCAGCAUCACCCGAGAAACUCCGCCGGCAAUUAACCGCCCUAUAGCUGUCUCCGUGCAACAGAACUCAACAGUGUACCCCCAAGGCAGUGUCUCUGUCACAGAUGCAGACACCAACGCGGUUCACGCCGCCAUCGACGGUCGAGUCUGGUUCUUCCCAGAGUCCGACGUCGCGAACGGUUGGGAUACACCAGCUGGAAAUGGCAGUGAGCUAUGGUACCAGAUCAGCUUCGAGUCUUCAACCAAGACGGCCAGCGCGGAGAUAGCCUUUUUCGCUAAUAGCACGCAAGGCUUUGAUGCUCCUGAGACAUAUAGUAUUCAGGUUAAUGUCUCCGGCGAGUGGUCGGAGGUGUCUAGUGCGAAUUAUAGUUCCCCGGUUGCGAACGGAAUUACCCGGGCCACCUGGGACGGUGUCGAGACGGACCAGAUCCGGCUUGCUUUCGCGCCACAAGAGGAGCAAAAGGUUCGGCUGGUGGAGUUCAAGGUUUUCGGUGAGGUUGUCAGCGAUAGUUAGGUAUCGCAGCUGGCUUCGCUUUGUAUGUGCACUUCGUUGGCAUCCCAUGUGUUCUGUGUUCUAGUAAUCUGUGUUUGUAUCAAUCAGUAUUUUGAGAC